GCGGGGUCCUUGCCGCCUGGCCGCUUUGGCUGCAGAGAGGAGAGAGCAGCAAUGGCGGAUUACGACACAUACGACGAUCGGGCCUACAGCAGCUUCGGGGGCGGCAGAGGGUCGCGAAGGGAUGCGGGCCCAGGUCCUCGGAAACAGAAAGAGCUGCCUACAGACCCACCAUUCACUGCAUAUGUGGGGAAUCUUCCAUUCAAUACCGUUCAAGGAGACAUAGACACCAUCUUUAAAGAAUUGAAUAUGAGGAGUGUGCGGCUAGUGCGAGAUAAGGAGACAGAUAAAUUUAAAGGGUUUUGUUAUGUGGAGUUUGAUGACUUGGAGUCUCUUAAAGAAGCUUUGACUUAUGAUGGUGCACUUUUAGGUGAACGAUCACUCAGAGUCGAUAUUGCCGAAGGAAGAAAGCAAGAUAAGGGUGGCUUUGGUUUCAGAAAAGGCGGGACUGAAGACAGAGGAAGCGAUAGUUUCGGCGGUAGAGGAGGAAGAGAUGACUUCAACUCUGGAAGCGAUAGUUUCGGCGGUAGAGGAGGAAGAGAUGACUUCAACUCUGGAAGCGAUAGUUUCGGCGGUAGAGGAGGAAGAGAUGACUUCAACUCUGGCUUUAAAGAUGAUGAUUUUUUAGGAGGCAGAGGCAGAGGGGGUCGUGGUGGUCCAGCUGAUCGACGAGGCCCUCCACCUUCUGCAGGAGGCCCUGCUCGUUUCAGAGAUGCACCACCGCGCGGUGGUUCAAUGGAUUUCCGAGAACCAUCAGACGAGGAGAGAGCACAGAGACCACGACUUCAGCUUAAACCCCGGACGGUUGCCACGCCCCUCAAUCAAGUAGCCAAUCCAAACUCUGCCAUCUUCGGAGGUGCUAAACCCAGAGAAGAACUUGGUGAAAAACCGAAGGAAUAAGCUGUAUAUUGUGAGGGACAGAGGGGAGAGAGAGAGUAAGCUAGUCACUCUGAGGAGCAUCCACCCUGCAGUUACCAUUCCUGCCUCCUGACAUUAACUCCUCAUUCCCUCCUUAUUGAAACAGAAAACACUGAGCUUGUGAAUGCAUGUCAGCUGUUAACAAGUGGUUUUUAGUACAUUCUCUGCUUUUUCUGUAACUAGUACCUGCUUUUUGUGCUGUUUCCAUCCUUAUCCCCGUUAACAACUGCAGUGAACACGCCUGCAGGGGAAAACCUCUUCCAUACACAAGAAAUUGAUUUUGGACUUGGGAAAUUAUUUUUUUCUUCACCUUUCUUUUCAUUUAGGAGCACUGGUGUUAGCACUGAGUUACUCUGUAUCGCUGCCUCUGACAGCUUCAGUUCUCUCUUCUAAUCUGCAUGUUUUGUUCUGUAUUGCCAAGACUCUGCAAGAAGGUAGAAUUUGAUCCUUCCAUAAAUUAAAGCAAGACAGGCACUUGUUAACCUGUUAAUUGACACAUCACGUAACUGUUUUUGGCUACAUUGUGGUAUCACAAACACUUCCUAUAUCUUUGCACAUGGUUAUCCUUUUAUGUACACACUGCUACAUGGAGAACAAUCGUGAAAACUUUGUUUACAUUUAAUUCUCUUGGUGUGGAUCUGAAUUGUCUACAUGAUUUCUCAUUAAGUUACAGUGGUCACAAAAAUGUCUGAUAGGCACAACACUGUAGGUGUCUAAGUAUGUAAAGAGACAGUGAGAGGGCCUUGAGUAGGGACAGUUUCCAGAGAAAGAUAACUGGCAUUUUCAGACUUUUUAAUUAUUUUCAUUUUUUUUAUAUAUUGUAGUUUUAAAAAUGACAAUAAAAGCCUUUUUUAUUUUACAAAUUAACUUCUUUAAAUAGCAAAACUGCUCAUUCAGCCUUAAAUACACUGCUUUUUUUGCAGUCAUUCAGUUUGCACCUGAAAACUGUAUUGCACAGUUACUGUUCCUUGCUUUAAAUGUGAAUCGCUCCAUGAGUGACAAGUUUUCUGUUAUGGGGAUCAUAAUAGGCAUGUGUUUUGAUAGCUAGUCUGGCUCCCUGGCGGCCAGUAGAACGUUAUAUAGUCUGCUGUGCUAGCAUUGGUGAAACUCUGUUCUUUCUCCCAGAUUGUCCUCCUGCAACGUCUGCAAAUUAAGGUGCAUAUAUCUACCCUGAGCAAGGGCUCAAUGUUUGGCAUUGGCAUUUAAAAUGGUUUGCACCAAAUUAGGCUUCAUUUUUUUUUUUUUUGUGCUGCGGAUUUCUCCUCCCACCCCCCCAAGAAUUCAAAAAAUUAAAUUUCCAAAUGGCUUCAAAUCAUAAAAAGUAUCAAGUUUUGUGUAUAUAUAUAUAUUUUGAGCUCAUAAAUAAAAACACAACUACAAUGCUUUUACUGCCUGAAGUGUGUGAAGAUGCAUUUUGUAGCAACCAGUAAACACCAGUGUUAAAAAACAAAAUAAUAAAAUAAUAAAAAAUAAAAAAAGCCAAUGAUUAUUUUACCUGCAGUGUCAACGCAAACCAGAGAGCCUCUUUCCCUCUUUUUCCUUGCUUCAGUACACCUUGCUUUAAUAAGAACCAUUUGUCUAACACUAGUACCGGAAAUAAGACAUGCGUUGUGUUAAUAUAAAAAAAAAAAAAGUGGGGAGGAAAAAAAAACCUAUACCUUCAGAUUACAAUAGAUCAAUCUACAUAUGCUGUGUGGGAUAAUCAAGCAAAUUAAACAAAACUACAUGACUGGUCUAAACAUUUGACUUUUAAAAGCAAUUCCAAACACUCUACACAUUCUGCUUCAUGACAAAAAAAUACAUCUAUGAAUAUGGUAUUUUGUGGAAGAUCUUUUAAAUAAAAGAAAACCUUAACGAUA